UUUACAAAAUGUCAACUUUGUUAUGUUUUUUUGAAAAGGUACCAAAUCUCUGUAGAAGAUGAAUUAUUUAUUGUUUGUAACAUGUUUUGAUCAUGAAAACAAGACAAGAAAGUAAUCGUCGAAAGCUUAAAAGGCCGAAACCAACUGAAGCAAAUGAAAUCCAUACUACAGAGGAUACACUCAACACCAGUUCAGCAGCAAAGGAAACUGUGAUCAAAACUCCUCAGAUCAAGACACCAAGAGGAGUUAGACGUAACGCUGUGAGGACAACCCCAGGCAGAGAUGAGAUUGUUUUCUCCCAAAAUUUUGAUUCCCAGGCCGUUGUGGGUUGGGACUGUAACUCUCCAUUGAACGUUGGAAGAGUGCACAGAGGUGGAGAUGGCCAAGAUGUGUCUGACCUACUGAAGCUGAUAGCUGAUGAGGAUGAAGGUAGUCUACCGCAGGGAAAUACCCCACCCCUGCUUGGAGCAUGGAAAGUAGGGGCUUCCAAGGAAGAUGGGACGACAGAAGACAAUAAUAAUGAGGUUUCUGGCAGGUUGUUACGGAAAGGUAGGACGCGGAAAAAGAGUGGCAAGGACUCCUCUGUCUCUCGGGACCUGUUUGAAAAACUCUCCCUGGCCUUGGAGCAUUGUGCAGAAGCAGACAAUGAGUUGGAGGAUGUCACAGAAGAUGCAGAGACUGAACCAAUUAAUGACAAUCGAGUUGUACUGAAUGUUUCCGGGGAUCUAUUUGACACAACAAAGGUGGAAAAACCUUCUGUCGGAAAUGCUCCAGUCAAAACAGAAAAUCAUUGGGCUAACAAAGUACCUGUACGAGUUUCUCCCAGAUUGCAAAAGAAAAUUGAGGUUAAAACAGGGACAAACGUAAUAUCCCCAAUUGAUGCUAAUUUUGAGAAUGUUGUUCAAGGUGCUAGUAAAAUAUCAACUGAUGUGCUGAAUUGUGCUCAAACUGAUGUUAAUGAAGAUGACUGGAGCGAUGAUGAACUGUUUGAAGAAGACUCCUUUAUCAUUAAAGCUACGCAGAUACCAGGGGAAGAGAAGAACUUUAAUUCUCCUGUGUUUGGAAUAAAGAGAAAAAGUUCAAAUGCUACUGACUUGCCGAAAAGUAAAAUUUCAAGGUUUACUUUUAAACUUGACUCACAUAACACAAAAACAAGUACAACUGUUAGAUCAACUAGUAGCAAUUAUACAAACAUUCAGUCUAAACCAAAGCCUCUGCCUUUAUCUACCACUUCCAGUGUGCCAUCUCAUCCAAUAGGAUUAACAAAGUCAACCUAUGUUCAGCAGUAUGCAAGACCUGGGUCAAGCAAUACUGUUACCAGUACUAGAUCUAGUCUUCCUCAUGCUAUUAUAAGAGUAAAUGAUUCAGUGCUGGCCAGUCCAAGGACUGCACAAAACUUCUACCCAAAACCUGCAGGACAGUCAAAUUUAAAUCAUUCAAGAACAGUUCGGAAUUUGAAUAGCUCAGUAGUUGGGCCAUCUUCCCAAAUGAGUUCAUCAAAUUCUAGUAGAACAUUUGCUUCAAAACAAAUCAUUCCGAACCAAAGCAGUUCCGGAGCAAUGUCCAGUAAUGUGUACAAUUCUACGAAACUAUCGCAAAACUCCCCAUCAUCUUGUAGCUUGAACAGGUCAAAUUCUUUCAAGAAACAUAAUAGUUUCUCUGGACCAGGAAAUGCUGGUCCAGCAACACAAAGUACUAGAAAGCGUUCAAUAUCAGGAAGUGACGAGAAGUUUCAAGUUCAGCAGACAGUGAGUACAGCAUCAGCUAUUCAACCCAGUGCACGACCAGGAAAUUCAUGCAAUACCAUUUCAAAAACUGGUGCUUAUUCAGUGACCAAUAAUCAAAACAAUGCCAAUAGAUUAUCAAGUGGCACUCAGAAUCCACAAAGUUUUCAGCAUGGUAUUUGGGGACAGAAGGUUGUUACAAGUGUUCAAAAAUUACCAUCAAGAAUGGUGGCAGCACAAUCGGCUUCAAAAUCAUUUGCAACCAAAGUAUCAAGUGUACGUACUAGUUCAGUAGUCUCAACUUCAUCAGUAUCAGUAUUAACAACACCAGUGUUGGCUAAAGUCAGAGCAGUUGGGAAGACAGUUAACUCAAUGAAUUCCAGCUUUGACACAAGUCUGAGUGAUGAUUUACUGUUUCAGCUGGCUGAGCCAGAUGACUUACUGGAUACACAGAUGGAGCAAGAUUUAACAUUCACUCGUGUUCAGACCACUCCAGUAGUUUCUGUUAAAAUGUCAGCUGUCACUAGCAGUAGUCUUUUUGCAGCAAGUACAUGUAGUUUGAGCACUGUUUCCUCUAAACAUGUUAUCAGUUCAACUGAAGUCUCUCAUAAACCAAAGACUGUGCAAUCUAGCAUUGUGCCAAAAGCAUCUUGCCUAAAUGCAAAAGCUUUGUGUAGUUACAUUCCUAAACAAACUUCAACGUUUCAGUCCAAAGCUAGUGUGAACAGUUCAACAAAACCUAUUGCCCAGACCAGACAUUUUAGAUUCAAGGAAAGUCAGAAAUCUACUGGUUGCAACAUAAGCAAGUUGACAGCCCCAUUACCAGCCUCUUCCAACAGGGACGCAUUUGCAAAACCUCCACCAGCUUCUAGUGUGCAAAGUGUAGUAGCAAAGCCAGACCCUAUGGUUGCAUUCAGUGAGGAUCUAUUUGGUGAUGAUGAUAUGUUGGGAGAUGAUGGACUAACAGAGCCGGAGAUUAUGGCAAUGUUGGAUGAAGUUGAAUUUCAAGCCACACAACAGUUAAGCCAAAAACGAACAUCUACAGAGAGUGUUAAAUCCCUCACCGGCAGUCAGGAGUCCACAUUGCGCUUACAACCCCAGGCUGUAAAACCCAGCGAAACAUCCUUACCAAAUAGUCCAGCAGAGACUAUUCAACCAAGCAGUCAGGGAUCCAAUGGAAACAGUCCGGCCAAAAACAGUCAGACAAAAUAUUCACCUGAAGAAAUUGAAAGAAAGAAGCAGCUUGCUCUUCAAAAAAGAAGACUAAAAAUACACAAGUGAAACAGACACCAGUAUCUUAAAGCAUUAACUUGGGGUUUCUGAUUGGUUUAUUGUAUGAUUGUUAUAAAAGUUGCGAAAAAUGAAACAAAGUUUUACAUGCAGCAUUUAUUUUAUGAAUGUGAAAUAAAUUUACUAAAUGGUGAUGUCAAUGAAAAAUAGGAUGUGUGGGGGAAAUGUGAUAUUUUCUCCUAAAAUCAUUAAUAGCAAUUUUGAAAGAUGUGAUAAUGGUUUCUUAUUCAGUUCUACAGAUUGUCGAUAGUUAUUAUUGAAAUCUGAUCACAUAGAUAAUUCCCUAAUUCCCUUCUCGAUAACCUGACUGCCUCCACAACACUCAUUUUCACAGGCCUUCUAAAGUUCCAAGAUUAAUCCUGAUAUCAGAUUGAGAGCUUUUAAUUAAAGACUCUAGUAUAUAUUCUUUUUUGCUUGGGGCAUUUGCAUCAAAUCAGAACAACAUAUCUUGAAAUAUAUAUGAUACACUUUGGAAACCAUUCCAAAAGGGAUCUAUGCCCCUUUACCUUGUUAUGAGCAUAAAUCCCUCAUAAUCUAACAGACAAUUAUCAGCUGUUAGAUCCCCAUUUAAAAUGACAAGCUCACAAUUAUUUUAAACAAAUAUAAUGAACAAUUGUUACAUGCAGGAAAUGGCAUGAUUUCGAGGAGUAUACAGUCAUUUAAUUUACUUGAUAUAUAUCGUUAUUCAAUCAAUUCUGUUUAGGUAUAAAGUACACAAAUGUGUUCUUUUUUAGCUUCUCUGUAUCAUGAAGAAGGUAUUGUCAAAGCCUUGUUUCAUUGGCAACAGCAGCAUGUAAACACUUGUGCACAAUUCUAUAACUCUGAUUUAAUAUUUUUGAAGUUAUGCCCAUUGAUCCACUGAGAAGAACAUCAGGGUGUCGGCAUUGGCUCAUUAUAUUUGUUUUCCUAUAGUGGGGAAGCUCUAGGUUUUAUGUGGUUACAACAUGUUGACAUACGUGUAACUCUUUAUUGUUGUAUAAUUUACAUGCAACUAACAUGCCCUUUAAGACUUAAGAGUUAAACAAUAAAUAUGAUCAAUUGUG